GGGUUGGUAUUCGGCGUCGGACGGAUCCCGCCGAGACUUCCCUGAGGCGAGAUUUGGAAGGGCUUGACUUUCCCAGUUAGAAGAGAAGAUAAAAGACUUUGAUUCAUGAAGAAUCUGUUCAAUAAGAAAUAUAUAUCAAGCCACAGGUUGACUUUCCAUCAAAAGAGCUUAACUGUGAGAAUGGAGAGGAAGGUUGACUCCAGGUCUUUUAGAGAUGGUGCAGUUAAGAAACUUUAUUCUCCAAAGAUACUGCCCAACAAGAAGUCUUCUGCCUUUUCUGGGAUCCGAAGUGAGAUGCCUCGUCCCAGCCGUCCAGUGCAGUGUCACGCGCGGACCCAGAGGGGUCGGCUAAGAGAGCUGCGUGUCAGAUGUGUGACCAGAAAGUUUUUGUAUUUGUGGAUUCGAAAAACUUUUGGAAGAGUAUUUCCUUCUAAAGCCAGGCUUCACUAUAAGCAAAGGAUAUUACGGAAGGUCUUUGAAGAAUGGAAAGCAGAGUGGUGGGUGUGCCAUCGGGAGUGGAAACUCUGUGUUCGAGCCGACUGUCACUACAGAUAUUACUUGUACAAUCUGAUGUUCCAGACCUGGAAGACCUUUGUGCAUCAGCAGCAGGACAUGAAGAACAAGUACAUGAGAGCCGAAGAUUAUGAUGCAAAGCAGAAGAUGCGACAGGCCUGGAAGUCCUGGUUGGUCUACGUUGUUUUUCGAAGGACCAAACGUCAGAUGCAGACCACCGCCUUGGAGUUUAGGCAGCGGACUAUUUUGUGGGUGUGUUGGAGCAAGUGGAGGCGGCGACUGGAAGAGGUCCGUGUGGGACAUGCUCUCUGUGCCUCAGCUGUGAAGCACAGGGCCCUGAGCCUCCAGCUGCAGGCUUGGGUACGGUGGCAGGAACAGCUCCUGCAUGUCCAGAGGGAGAGAGGCAAGGUGCUCUCUGCAGUGAAACACCAUCAGCUCUGGCAAAAGUGGAGAUCCCUGAGGGCCUGGCUUGAAUUCCUGCAGGUCCGGAGGGUAAAGAGACAGCAGAAAGAGCUUGCUGAGCGAUUCCACCAAGUCACCAUGCUUCAGACGCACUUCUGCAGUUGGCAGUGGGCCUGGCAGCAGAGGGAGAGCUUGCACGCUCACUGUGCGCGCGUGGAGGUGCUGGCCAGGAGGAUGGUGCUGCGGAGGGCCUUUACUCACUGGAAACACUACGUGCUGCUGUGUGCAGAGGAAGCCGCCCAGUGGAAGGUGGCAGAGGAGCACUGUAGGCACAGCUUGCUGCACUUUUGCUUUAGAGCCCUAAAAGACAACGUGACCCGUGCCCACCUCCAGCGAGUAAGAAGGAAUCUUGCUCAGCAGCAGCAUGACGUCAUGCUGCUGCGCAGGUUCUGGAACGUCUGGCAGUCUCAGGUGGAGCAGAGGGAGGAAAGGGAGCUGCUCCCUUUGCUGCGAGCUGCCUGGGACCACUACAGAAUAACAUUGCUACGCAAGUGUAUCAAGUUGUGGCUACAACAUACUCAGAAGAAGCGAUACAAGCAGCUAUUACAGGCCAGAGCGGACAGUCACUUCCAGCAGAGGGCCCUGCCUGGGGCCUUCCAGGCAUGGAGGAGACUCUGGCGAUGGCACCAGCAAGAAAGUGUCCUUAACGCACGGGCAGCACGCUUCCACAGGGAGACAUUAGAGAAGCAAGUAUUUGCUAUUUGGUGGCAGAAGAUGUUUCAGCAUCAAGAAAGCCGCUUGGCAGAGAGAAUAGCCAUCCUUCAUGCCGAGCGGCAGCUUCUGCGAAGGUCCUGGUUCACGUGGCGGCAGCAGGCAGCAGCACAUUGCCAGCAGCGGCAGCGGCAAGCAGUGGCCUGUGCCCACCACCGGCAGGGGAGGCUCAGGACGGCUUUCUCCAUUUGGAGGGAGAGUGCCCGAGGGCUCAGAUCAGAGAAGAUGGGCACGGUGCUGGCUGCAGAGCUCCACUCAGCACGGCUCCUGCGUUGGGCCUGGAACAGGUGGAGGGAGUGCCUGGGCCUGCGGGGCGCUGAGCGGCAGAAGCUGAUGCGAGCAGACCUGCAUCACCAGCACGCCUUGCAGCGCAGGGUGCUGCAGAGCUGGGGGAUUUACCAGAGCCGGGUGUGGAGCGUCCUGCAAGAGGUGGCGGCCAGGGAAAGCCAGCACAAGAGGCAGCUGCUGCGGCGUGUGUUCCGUCGCUGGAGAGAGAACACCAUAGCCCGCGUGGAUGAAGCAAAGAAAACCUCUCAAGCAAGAGCUCACUACAGAAGGACCGUAUGUUUCAAGGUCCUGGUCCAGUGGCGGGAGGUCGCGUCGGUGCAGAUAUACUCCCGACAGCAGGAGGACUGUGCCAUCAGGGAGGCUCGGAAGGUGCUGGAGAGGGGCCGUCUCAGGACCUGGUUUCGGUGCUGGCGGGAUCAUGGCCAGCGGGCAGCCCAGCAGAGAGCCCAGCUGGAGAGAGCGGCGCAGCAUUACCGUCGGCGGCUGCUGCUGCAGGGCCUCGCCCAGUGGAAGGUGCACCAUCUGGGCUGUGUCAGGAAGAAGCUCCUGCAGAGGCGGGGCGCCCAGUUCCUGGCCCAGACGCUCAGCCGGUCCUGCUUCUGCCAGUGGAGGCAGCAGCUGGUGAACAGGAGGCAGGAGCAGCAGGGCACGGCACGAGCCCUUUGGUUCUGGGCCUUCUCGCUACAGGCAAAGGUGUGGGCCGCGUGGCUGGGUUUUGUGCUGGAGAGGAGGAGGAAGAAGGUGAGGCUGGAGCGGGCGGUGCAGGCCUACCACCAGCAGCUCCUCCGGGAGGGCGUCGCUUGCCUGCUGCGGUUCGCAGCUGGCAUGAAGGCACUCCGGCAGCAGCUGCAUGCCCAGCAGCAGGCGCAGGCGGCCUGCAGCCUCCGCCGGGCAGUCCAUCGCUGUGCCACGCUGUGGAAACGGAAGGCGCUGGGCCCAGGCAGGCUGCCUCGGCCCCCCACACCCCCCGUGCCCAGCAGGAGAGUGACAUUCAAGGGUCUCCUUCCUGACCACGUCACUACUGGUGCUGGGGAUGCUGCCCUGGAGACCGAGAGGCCACGAGCUCCCUAUGGGCCGCUGACAGCUCUGGGCAGCCUGGCCCUGGCUGCAGGGGACCCCCAACUCCUGGAUCUCAAUGCCGUCCGCUUGACAAGGAAGCAGCCACGACGCCCCAAAUUCUUGCUGGAUCCCUUGCAGAGCCAGAGUGUCCUGGCACACGGCACCAUUGGGGGACCGGGGCCUGAGGCGCUGAGGGAGCAAGGCCUAGGCAUGGCCCAGCCGGCCGCCCCUUCCCUGACGAGGCCCUUGCUGGAAAAGGCCCAGACAGUACUGGUCCCAAGCAGCUCCCUGCCCCAGCCUGGGACCCUGCCAGGUGCCCCUGGCCUGAAGCUGUCCCCCACGGCGAAUACAGGCCCAGAGCUGCUGCCCCCGUCCUCCUUCAUGCCACGUGGGGUGGACGCACCCGCUGGGGCAUCCGCAUGGCUGACCUCCCCUGGCCUUGUCUGCCAGGGCCCUAUGGGCCCAGCCAGUGUUCCCGAGCCCCGCCUGCUCCUUCCUGGGGACCUCACAAGCACCCAGCCUGGUCCUGGCUCGGACACUACAGGUGUGUACCUGCGGCCUGUCAGCACAGCAAACACCUGGGCCGCUCCCAGCGCCUGGACUCCCUCUAUUCAGCCUGGGCCCAGCCAGAAGAGUGGUCAAGAUCAAGCUUAUGCUCCUGUUGCCACGGGCCACUCUGAACUGGAAGCUGAACUUGAGGACAUCAAGCAGCAACUGCAGGACUACCAGAGCAUGAGGCAGAACCUCAGGUCCUACCAGCGGCAAGCAAGCAGCCUGCGCCGGUGGCUGGAGCUGAGCCGGGAGGAGCCUAGGCCUGAGGACCAGGAAGCAGAGCAGCAGGUGCAGGGAGAACUGGAGGAGGUGGAACUGCAGAUCCAGCGGCUGGCUGCAGAGGUCCAGGCUCAGCGGCAGCCCAUUAACGUCUGCAUCGCUCGAGUGCAGGCCCUACGGCGGGCUCUGUGCUAGAGCCAUCGCCCCAGGGAGGUGUCGGCCCGCCUCCGGGAACAGAAUGCAAAGCUAAACUGAGUUUUAUCUUUUUAUUUCAAAA